AAUAUUUUUUCAAACGGAAAGCGCCAUUUUACUCAGAAAUGUCUAUAUUUUCUUUUAUGACUGGUUUCAACAACUUCUGUGAGAUACAUUUGAGCAGUGUUCUAUGUAACGUAGUCGUCGCUUAUGUGAAAUGCCUCAUAAGAAAAUAAAAGAAACUUGUCCUCUCUACUCUUCCGUUAGUUGACAGGUAAUCGAAUUCUUACAUAAUCGAAUCUAAUACGUUACAAUGAGAUAUUUGAUGAUUCUCUUCUAAUAUUCCUACUUCUUUCUAAUUUCACCUCCUUACAUCCACCAUAGGAGUUCUACGACGCAAAUCAGAUAGCGACAGAAGACUCCUUACAUAAGACAAUCUGUAUUCUUCCUUCGAUUACUAUAAGUCAAUCAAUGACUUCAGACUUCUUUUGUACCGAAAGCGUACCGUUUUACUACUACGGAUACAAUCAGGACAUGGAUCAUUCGACUAGGCAGGGCAUCGCUGACUAUCUUCAUUGAGACGCUAGACUUCACUUCGAAUUUAAAUGUUUCUAAUUUGUACUCUUUCCAGAUCAUAUGAACGGAAUUCUAUAUGUGGUAAUUUAAGCCAUCUGACGAGACCCCUGAGAAAGGUCGAAAUGCGUCAUGGCUUCUCGACUCACACCCACACCUUCACCCUCACACCUCAUCUGAUAAUUCUUGUUUAGUCAAGAUGAAAUCGUGAUAAUGGCAAACUAAGAUCUCAGCCCUCGCCCUCCUUAUCGAGAAAAUUAUUGAGACACGUUUUUUAACGACAGACUUAGGUUUGCUAAUAGCCCAAUUGCUGGGAAAAAUUGAAAAUAUGACGCCCAAAACGUCGUUGCGUUACACUUGGGCAAGGGAAUUUUAUCAUUGUUCUUUUCUCUUGCUCUCAUGCUUUUGACUCAGGUGUAAUGAAAUAUGACGUCAAGUGUGUAAUUUCGACAUCAACAAGAUAUAUGCUUUUUUCACCAUAUUUUGUGAAGUAGCAGAAAUUCUUUUAACUACAGAAUUCCAAAAACUUUUAGUCAUUACAGUCAACCACUUUACAGCUCUACGACAAGCGAUUAUGGAUGAUUAUGAUCAAAAUAAACAUUUUGAAUUUGGUACAGACAAUCCUACAUUGAUGGAAAAGCCGUUUUGGAAAUACAUGGUAUGUAAUCCACAUUUAGGUGCCUAUGAUGCUCGCAAAGAAAAUAACGGUGACUUUGUUGAUGACAGUAAUGCUUGGCGUCCGACAUGGUGUUUUGCUCGAUUUGGAGCUACACAAACUUAUUUACCGGAUGGACGACUGAUUCAUAUUGGAGGUGAACAUGAAGAUUGCUACGAUUCUGACUUUCAAAUUUAUAAUGAUGUUGUUGUUAUACGAAAUCCCCGGAUGGUACGCGCACACUAUAUGUACUCGUUGCCUGUACCAAGUAACUUUCCAGUGGAAACAAAACAGAAUGCCGCUUCCUUAGAGCCAGAAAUAUUAGGAACAUCGAGGCCAGAAGAUGUUACAAUCUAUGGAUAUCCUGAACAUGUAUUUCCACCGACGGAUUUUCACACCGCUACUUAUGUCAAGAAUAGUGACGAUGAAGAAGAUUUCAUCUAUAUUAUUGGUGGAUUGGGAUAUUUAAAUUCUUCUCACCGUAGAGAGACCCACGUCUAUCGUCUUGGUCUAUCGGACUUUAGAAUACACCGGAUGAAAACGACAGGUAUCGGACCAUUGGGGUGUACGGAAAGGCAUCGAGCGGCAUUAAAAAUCGUGGGAGGUCGAAAAAUGAUCGAAAUCUGUUUGAAGGACCAUCAGUGUUACAGAUUGGACGUUGAAACUGUUGUAUGGGACACGAUUAGUGAUUAA